CCUGCAGCGAGUCAACAGAACCGAAUGACUGAAGAGCGCUUGAAAAGGGAAUCUCCUGUCUGUCUGUCUCACUGAACGAAAACAAACGUGUUGUAGUGUGCACGCUGUUGAAAUAAACUAGCAACAAUGUCUGAGGAAACUAUCACCAGAAUUGGCCUCCUUCUCCUCAUCAUCUGCUCGGUAAGUUUAAUAUAUAAUAUGACAUCUUAUAUAUCAGAUGUUAAUAAAGUGCUGGAUUUUCAUCUACUAAUUUAUGUAACUUUGUCAUCACUUUGCAUUUGAUGCAAUAGCCCAUUCUUUCUCUCUCAUUCACCCGGCUUUGUUACAUGAGUUGUCUUGUCUUCAUAUUUAUUAUUAAGUUAUGUAAAUGUAGAUUUAAAGUACAACUUUUGGGAACGCAUUGUGCAGUUAUAGCAGCUAAAACAUUCCAUGGGGGUGUGGUCUCACAGCAAGCAGCUCUGUAAAGUAGUCUACAGCAGCUCUGUAAAGUAGAUGUAAAGUAUUAUACAGCAGUGCUGUAAAGUAGAUGUAAAGUAGCCUACAGCAGCUCUGUAAAGUAGCAUACAGCAGCUCUAUAAAGUAGGUUACAGCAGCUCUAUAAAGUAGCCUACAGCAGCUCUGUAAAGUAGCCUACAGCAGCUAUGUAAAGUAGAUGUAAAGUAUUAUACAGCAGCUCUGUAAAGUAGCCUGUAAAGUAGCCUACAUCAACUCUGUUAAGUAGCCUACAGAAUCUCUGUAAAUAGCCUACAGCAGCUCUAUAAAGUAGGUUACAGCAGCUCUAUAAAGUAGCCUACAGCAGUUCAAUAAAGUAGCCUACAGCAGUUCUAUAAAGUAGCCUACAGCAGCUCUGUAAAGUAGCCUACAGCAGUUCAAUAAAGUAGCCUACAGCAGCUCUAUAAAGUAGGUUACAGCAGCUCUAUAAAGUAGCCUACAGCAGUUCUAUAAAGUCGCCUACAGCAGCUCUGUAAAGUAGCCUACAGCAGUUCAAUAAAGUAGCCUACAGCAGCUCUAUAAAGUAGGUUACAGCAGCUCUAUAAAGUAGCCUACAGCAGUUCUAUGAAGUAGCCUACAGCAGCUCUAUAAAGUAGUAUACAGCAGCUCUAUAAAGUAGUAUACAGCAGCUCUGUAAAGUAGAAUACAGCAGCUCUAUAAAGUAGUAUACAGCAGCUCUGUAAAGUAGAAUACAGCAGCUCUAUAAAGUAGUAUACAGCAGCUCUGUAAAGUAGAAUACAGCAGUUCUAUAAAGAAGCCUACAGCAGCUCUGUUAAGUAGCCUGUAAAGUAGAAUACAGCAGCUCUGUAAAGUGCCUACAGCAGCUCUAUAAAGAAUAUAAAGAAGCCUACAGCAGCUCUGUUAAGUAGCCUGUAAAGUAGCCUACAGCAGCUCUGUAAAGUAGCUUACAGCAGCAGCUCUGUAAACAAUGCAAGGUUAUGCAAAAGUAGGGUUGUUAUAAUCGGGUGUCAUUGCUACUGAAAUUGUUGGAUUCAAAUAUGCUAUGUUCUUGGGUUCGUCUUAUUCAUUGCUACUAAAAGGAACAUAAUGUGAGUACAGAGAAGCAGUACAAAUAACUUAGUAGAUUGCGACAUAGGGCCUACAAUUUAGUGCCAAAUUGUUUUUGUCCCAUCUUAUAAAAUAGUUAAUCCAGGUUUAUGUUAAUUAAUGUUAUGUUAAUCUUUUAUCACUACAUUUAUUUAGAUAAACAGCACAUCAAGAUUUGACAGCAUUUGAGUAGCCUAUAUUGAUUUCUUAAACUUGUAUAUAUUGUUUUUAUUUGUGCAUGCUGUAAUACCACUGUGCAUCACUCUCCAUAGAAAAGAUUUGCCAGAAUUUAUUUGGCCUCAAAGAGUCGUGUCCCCAUCUUGUGGCAGUAAGAUGCAUUACAAGUGAGGUGUUACACAAAACGUGAAGAAGCCCCAUACAACAUUCUCUGGUUCUUUCACACACAGACAGUAUAGACCUACCUCAGUGCUUAAAGUUGAGUGGAUGAACACAUCAAAUCCUGAUAUCAGACACAUUAUUCACACAUUAUUCACAUAUGUUUUCUUUAGCAUUUCUGACUGUUUUAUUUUCUUCUGUCUACAGACAAUGGCCCAGGACUGUUCUGAUCCCUGUGACUGCCCGUCGGACCCCUCUCCAUGCCCGUUUGGUACCAGCCUGGUUCUGGACGGCUGUGGAUGCUGUAAGGUGUGCGCCAGGCAGGCCGGCGAGCCCUGUACCCACCUGGAGCCGUGUGACCACCACAAGGAGCUGUACUGUGACUAUGCAGUGCUGAGUGACACCGAGCACGGCAUCUGCAUGGGUGAGUUAAAUUCUCCUGUCGACUACAUUUACAUUUGUACAUUUAAGUCAUUUAGCAGACGCUCUUAUCCAGAGCGAUUUACAAAUUGGUGCAUUCAACUUAGGAUAGCCAGUGGGACAACCACCUUUUAUUUUUAUUAAUUUUUUAGGGGGGGGGGGGGGGGGGGGGGGAGAAGGAUUACUGUUAUACUAUUAAAGAAAGGCUAGGAGGUUUUGAGAUAUCUAUCGAGACUGUGAUCACCUCUUGACUCUCCUAUUGUAGAGAUUGCUACAUAUUUGUGUUGACUUUGUCAGAGCUUCGGUUCUCAUUGUCCGAACUAGGGCCAUCUCUGGGUUAAGCGAUGUCCAAUAGGUAUUUACAUGAACAUUAUGAUGUUAAAAGCCUUUGAGAUGUGAAAUCUAAAAUGGCGUCUCCUCCUGUGUUUCAGCCCAGGAAGGCCAGACGUGUGACCUGGGAGGGGUCAUCUACCGCAGUGGCGAGAGCUUCCAGCCCAGCUGCAAGCACCAGUGUGUCUGUAUGAACGGAGAGAUCGGCUGCGUGCCAACCUGUGCCAGCGACGUGCGGCUGCCCUCCCCAGACUGCCCGUACCCACGCCGCAUCCAGAUCCCUGGGAAGUGCUGUGAGGAGUGGGUGUGUGAUCAGAGCCCUCAGGAAAAACCCCAGCAGGCCGGGGGUGGUUUUACAAAAAAAAUUUUUUUUUCAGGGGGGUUUUUUUUUUUUUACUCUUUUUUUUUAAAACUUUAUUUUUUUUUUUAAAAUAAUUUAAAAAGGGGUUUGUUUUUUUUUUCCCUUUUUUUUUUUUUCGGAAAAAAAAUUUUUUUUGUUUUUUUUUUUUUUUUUUUCCCCCCUUUUUGCUUUUUUUUUUUUUUAAAAUUUUUUUGGGGGGGGGGGGGUUUUUUUUAAAAAAAAAAACCCCCCCCCCCCCCCCCCCCCCCUUUUUUUUUUUUUUUUUUUUUUAAAAAAAAAAAAAAUCUUUUUUUUUUUCAAAAUUUUUUUUUUAAAAUUAACCUUUUUUUGGGGGCCCCCCCCCCCCAAAAAAACAAAGGGGGGGGGGGGGGGGGGGAAAAGGGGGGGGGGGGGGGGGGGGGGGGUUUAAAAAAAAAAGGGGGGGAACCCAAAACCCCCCCCGGGGGGGGGGGGGGGGGGAAAAAAAAAAAGGGGGGGGCCCUUUUCCCCCGGGGGGGGGGGUUUUAAAAAAAAAAAAAAAAAAAAAAUUUUUUUUUUUUUUUUUUUUCCCCUUUUUUUUUUUUUUUUUUUUUUUUGGGGAGGGAUUUUUUCUCUCUUUUUUAUUUUUUUUUUCCCCCUUUUUUAUUCUUUUUUUUUUUCCCCCAAAAAAAACCCCCCCCCCCCGGGAAAAAAAAUAAAAAAACCCCCCCCCAAAAACCCCCCCCCAAAGGGGAAAACCCCCUUUUUCUUUUCCCUUUUUUUCUAAAAAUUUCCCCCUCCCCAAGCCCCCCCUCUAGGUAAACACCGGGGGUUUCUCGGCACCCCCGGGGGGGGCGCCCCCCCCUCCCCAAAAAAAAAAGGGGGUCGGAAAAGGGUGAACGUUGAAGGGGGUGAGAGCGAGAGCGCGCCGAGAGAGACGAGAGCGGGGAGAGCAGAGAGCCGGAGAGGGAGAGAAGAAGCGAGGGGAGGCGAGAGAGGAAGCGAGCGAGAAGGAGAGAGAGAGCGAAGAAAAGAGAGAGAGAGAAGGAGAGGAGAGAGAGAGAGAGCGAGGAGAGAGAGAGAGAGAGCGGGGAGACGAGAAGACGAGAGGGUGGGAACUAUAUACUAUCUGAUGAUGAUAUCUAUAUAUCUUGUUCUCUGCUGAUCGUUGUGCUCGUCUCUCUAUUUCUCUCUCUCUCUUCUAUUCUAUCGGUGAACUUCUUUUUUAAUUAUCUUUAGUGAGUAUGUAUCCCCCUGAGUGUCUUUCUCUCUUCUGUGUUGAGUGUUACUCUCUAUCAGUCUCUCUUCUCGGCUCUGCGCUCAGGAGAAAGCUCUCAAAAAGAUUUUCCCCUCUCUCUCUCUCUCUCUUCUCUCUCUCUCUCUCUAUCUCUAUCUCUCUCUGUGUCUCUGCUCUUCUUCCCAAUAGUUCAAAUAACACACCUCUCUCUCUCUCUCCCCUAUUUUUCCAUUUCACCUUUUUCCUCUCCCCUUCUCUUCUCUCAGGAUCUGAAAUUCACCCCUUGGUCUCUUCUUCCCUUCUGUCAGUCUACAGAGAGGUGUCAGCCCACGGGCCGGUCCCGGCGGAGAGCCCCAGGGAGAACUGCAUAGUCCAGACCACCAAAUGGGACGAGUGCUCGGCCACCUGUGGCAUGGGCGUGUCGUCCCGCGUCACCAACGACAACGAGCGGUGCCAGCUGGAGAGGCAGACCCGUGUCUGUAUGACCCGGCCCUGCCACGUGGAGCAAGAGAAGGACAUCAAGGUGGGUCCAGGGCCUAAGACAAUUAUAUAGUAUAACAACAUAUAGAGGAACGUAUUAUAUAGUACAACAACAUAUAGAGGAACGUAUUACAUAGUAUAACAACAUAUAGAGGAACGUAUUAUAUAGUAUAACAACAUAUAGAGGAACGUAUUAUAUAGUAUAACAACAUAUAGAGGAACGUAUUAUAUAGUAUAACAACAUAUAGAGGAACGUAUUAUAUAGUAUAACAACAUAUAGAGGAACGUAUUAUAUAGUAUAACAACAUAUAGAGGAACGUAUUAUAUAGUAUAACAACAUAUAGAGGAACGUAUUACAUAGUAUAACAACAUAUAGAGGAACGUAUUAUAUAGUAUAACAACAUAUAGAGGAACGUAUUAUAUAGUAUAACAACAUAUAGAGGAACGUAUUAUAUAGUAUAACAACAUAUAGAGGAAUGUAUUAUAUAGUAUAACAACAUAUAGAGGAACGUAUUAUAUAGUAUAACAACAUAUAGAGGAACGUAUUAUAUACAGUUGAAAUCAGAAGUUUACAUACACUUAGGUUGAAGUCAUUAAAACUGGUUUUUCAAGCAAAUUUCUUGUUAAUAAACUAUAGUUUUGGCAAGUCGGUUAGCACAUUUACUUUAUGCAUGACACAAGUAAUUUUUCCAACAAUUGUUUACAGACAGAUUAUUUCACUUAUAAUUCACUGUAUCACAAUUCCAGUGGGUCAGAAGUUGACAUACACUAAGUUGACUGUGCUUUUAAACAGCUUGGAAAAUUCCAGAAAAUGAUGUCAUGGCUUUAGAAGCUUCUGAUAUGCUAAUUGACAUCAUUUGAGUCAAUUGGAGGUGUACCUGUGGAUGUAUUUCAAGGCCUACCUUCAAACUCAGUGCCUCUUUGCUUGACAUCAUGGGAAAAUCAAAAGAAAUCAGCCAAGACCUCAGAAAAAAAAUUGUAGACCUCCACAAGUCUGGUUCAUCCUUGGGAGCAAUUUCCAUCACGCCUGAAGGUACCACGUUCAUCUGUUCAAACAAUAGUACGCAAGUAUAUACACCAUGGGACCACGCAGCCUUCAUACCGCUCAGGAAGGAGACGCGUUCUGUCUCCUAGAGAUGAACAUACUUUGGUGCGAAAAGUGCAAAUCAAUCCCAGAACAACAGCAAAGGACCUUGUGAAGAUGCUGGAGGAAACAGGUACAAAAUGAUCUAUAUCCACAGUAAAACGAGUCCAAUAUCGACAUAACUUGAAAGGCCGCUCAGCAAGGAAGAAGCCACUGCUCCAAAACCCCCAUAAAAAAGCCAGACUACGGUUUACAACUGCACAUGGGGACAAAGAUUGUACUUUUUUGAGAAAUGUCCUCUGGUCUGAUUAAACAAAAAUAGAACUGUUUGGCCAUAAUGACCAUCGUUAUGUUUGGAGGAAAAAGGUGAAUGCUUGCAAGCCGAAGAACACCAUCCCAACCGUGAAGCACGGGGUGGCAGCAUCAUGCUGUGGGGGUGCUUUGCUGCAGGAGGGACUGGUGCACUUCACAAAAUAGAUGGCAUCAUGAGGAAGGAAAAUUAUGUGGAUAUAUUGAAGCAACAUCUCAAGACAUCAGUCAGGAAGUUAAAGCUUGGUCGCAAAUGGGUCUUCCAAAUGGACAAUGACCCCAAGCAUACUUCCAAAGUUGUGGCAAAAUGGCUUAAGGACCACAAAGUCAAGGAAUUGGAGUGGCCAUCACAAAGCCCUGACCUCAAUCCUAUAGAAAAUUUGUGGGCAGAACUGAAAAAGCGUGUGCGAGCAAGGAGGCCUACAAACCUGACUCAGUUACACCAGCUCUGUCAGGAGGAAUGGGCCAAAAUUCACCCAACUUAUUGUGGGAAGCUUGUGGAAUGCUACCUGAAACAAUUGACCCAAGUUAAACAAUUUAAAGGCAAUGCUACCAAAUACUAAUUGAGUGUAUGUAAACUUAUGACCCACUGGGAAUGCGAUAAAAUAAAUAAAAGCUGAAAUAAAUCAUUCUCUCUACUAUUAUUCUGACAUUUCACAUUCUUAAAAUAAAGUGGUGAUCCUAACUGACCUAAGACAGGGAAUUUUUACUAGGAUUAAAUGUCAGGAAUUGUGAAAAACUGAAUUUUAAAUGUAUUUGGCUAAGGUGUAUGUCAACUUCCGACUUCAACUGUAGUGUAUUACAUAAGCAUGACGUAAGAUGACAUCACAUGGCAUUUCUCAGCACAUUUUAAGUGAAUGUAAACAAGAAGCCAUGCAAUGCAGGAGCGUAGAAUGUCUUUGGCUCCUUAUUAUUUACUGAAGGUUAAACCCAAGCUGCCCUAAGCAUGAUAGACAAUGUAGCGAGUUGUUGUUCCCAUUCUAAGCUAACCACCAUUCUUCUUGGUUCCACAGAGAGGGAAGAAGUGUGUACGGACCCCCAAGUCCCAGCGCGGCAUUCGCUUCGCGCUGUCAGGCUGCAGCAGUAGCAGGAUGUACAAGCCCAAGUUCUGUGGCGUGUGUACGGACGGUCCGCUGCUGCAGCCCCCACACCACCAUCACCGCCGAGGUGGAGUUCCGCUGCCCCGAGGGAGACACCUUCAGGCGCAAGAUGAUGUUCAUCAAGACGUGCUCCUGCCACCACGACUGUCCACGAGACAAUGACAUCUUCCUGGCUUCGCACUCACGCAGAAUGAUCGGGGACUAUGACAACGAUAUGUAA